AUGAGCGGCGGCCGUGGUCCUCUGCUUGCUGCCAUCCUACUGCUGGCGCAUGCCGUCGUCACAUCCCAAGGUGCAGCAACAACAGAGGCAUCAUGCAUGGGAUCGGCUUGCACACUGCAAGUGUCUGCCGCGCUCCCGCCAGAGCACACGCUCUUCCUCGCCCUGAACCACCUGCGCUACGCUGCUGGAGCCCCCCCUCUCUGCAACUCCACUGUGCUGAGGGCGGUCGCGCGCGAGUGGCUGCGCAACCUGUGGCUCGCAGGGCUCACGCCUGACUGCCGGAAUGGAUCGCUGGGAGAUGCUGCUACAGCCGGUGCUGCUACUGCAGGUGCUCUUUUUGCGAGUGUGGUGGUGGCUGUGGUUGUGGUUUAA